CUUGUACUUGUAGUCUUCAAUGUGGUAAUCGUGUUGCCCAGAAAGGAGCUACAUAUCCUAUUGAGGUUGGUCUUAGAUCUUUAUUUAUUGUUGGUCAUGCUUAAAGACAUUCGUAGUGUUUUGCAGGUAUUCCGCACAUGUGAUGGACGAGGUUGGGCUGUAAGAGCAUUGAGAAAUAUCCGUAAAGGAGCAUUCAUAGGAGAAUACACUGGAGAACUGCUCAGCGAUGCAGAAACAGCAAGGCCAGAGCGGACUGACACGUAUUUCUUUGAGACAAGAGUGGGUGAGAGGCUGUAUACGGUAGAUGCUCGCCUUUAUGGAAAUUUCACACGAUUUAUCAAUCAUAGUUGUAGACCAAAUGCCACGGUAGGUAUGGUCGUUUGGGAGGCGCAGCUAGAACAACUCAACCAUAUUUGUAUAUUUGCCACAGAAAAUAUUCCGAGAGGAAAAGAAAUUACCAUAUCCUAUGGGCAAUCAUGGUGGGAUGCCAAGGUUUCUUCCGAUAAGCUUUACAUAUUUCUUGUCUAA